AUGAACGCCGGAGCGGCCGGCGAUGGGUUUCUUCGGGGUAUGUUCGAGGGGAGCAUUUCCGGGCACGACACCGGCAUCCAACGCCGCCCCUACCACAAAAACUGCGGCUGCGCGUUGCACAAAUCGCGCGGGAAUUGCCACCAUUCCCUCAAGUACGCGCACGUGUCGUACCCCAUCCGCCGAUCCUGGAGCGACGGUUGUCUAGCUUUGGCCGCCGCCGCCGUCGAUCCCGCCGCAUCCCAGUCGCCUUCCCCCUGUUGCUCCCCCACCGCCGCCGUGGCCUCCGCCAAUGACAGUAUCGCGCGUAAGAGAAAUAGCUCCAUGAUAUUCUCGAUUGAUGAAGAAGACGAGUAG